GUCACACUGGGAACGACGCUGAAACGACGUCGGAGUUUUGGACGAUUAAAAUAAUGCUGAAAUUGAAAGCAGCAGCCGAAAAACAAUUGCAAUGUGUGCAAAUGCAAGCAAUCAAUAUGUGUUUAUUAACAAAGUGCGUGUGUUAAGCAAAAAGUGCGAUCUGUAGGCAUAGCAGUGCAAUCGCAACAAGGCAAGAGAGAGCCAGUGCUUACAGCCAAGCACACACACUCACACAAGCACACACACAGACACACACCACACACACAUACACUGAACAUGGAAUCGUCCAUUAAGCUUAAGGAGUGCAACAACUCGAAUGGUAAUCCAAAUCAGAGCCUCAAUCAGAGUCAACUGUGCAAUGGGAACAGCAACUGCACCACCGGUGGCAGCGGCGUCGGUGUGACCGUUAGCAUUUGCAGCAGCGACAGCUUUAGCAGCAUGAUGCCACCGCCCGCAACGACGCGCGAUCAUGAGUUGGUCAGCGCGAACAGCAUCGAACUGAAUGCGGCUGCCUCGCUGAGCGAUGACAGCGGCGUCCCAUUGACCACCAACAGCUCCAUAUCCAGCGGCGAUUCGUAUCGCAUUGGCAUGUGCAAAUUUGAGAUUGAGAUGGUGGAGAGCGAUGGCGAGGUGUCACAGUUCGAUUCGCUGGACAAUUGCUCGGAGGGUGGCAUGAGCGCGGAGAACUUUAAUACGCUUAAAAAGGGGCCGCUGGCGCCGAUUGAUCCGCCACCCGAAUUCCAGGACUCGCCUCAAACGACUCUCGUGCGCUCCAUCUCCAAGAACAUUGUUAAUAGCUUGCGCCGCUGGACCUCAUCGCAGUCGUCGUUCGAGCAUCUCAAGGAUGAUGUGACGAUGGUCAGUGCUGCGGUGGCUAGCGGAGUCACAGGUGUCAACCAGGAGCUGGUGCUGUUGCUGGCCAAACCAACGUUGGAUAUCACCAGCACCAGCAGCAGCUGCAAGCACUCUUUCAGUGAUGCUGCAGCUGCAGCGGAGCGCACGCUCAAGGAAUCGUAUGCCAUCAACAAGCAUCUGUACUCGAGCGAUUCCAUACUGAACAGCCAUACGGACAACAUAUACGACGAACCAAAUAAUAUUAUAAGCAGCUCGCUGGGCAAUAGUAUUGACCUGCUCGACGACGAUGAGGACGAUGACAAUGAUGAGGAUGAUGAUGCUGAUGACGAUGACGACGAGGCUGCCUCGGAGCAGAGCAGCUGUUCGCCAUCGCUGCCAUCGCCACCGCCGCCCGUCUCGAUAAUAAAAAUUAAACAGACGCUGUGCCCCUACUAUCAGGACCAUACGCGCUACUUCAAGGCCAUACCCACGGAACAGGAUAGCAUUGCCAGUGCGAAGGCGGCGGCGGCAGCAGCUGCGGCACAGCAGCGCUUCAAUACCGCCGGCCUAUCCGAAAUACACGAUUACGAUCUGUAUUAUGGGGCGCGAGGCAGGCAGCUAGCCAUGCAGCCGCAGGGCGACAACGGCAGCAGCAGCCUGCAGCGUAGGCAGUUGCUUUAUAGCCCACUGGGCCACACCAGUCACUGUCACUAUCAUUCGCAUCAUCACCAUCACCAUCACGGCCACCAUCACCAUCAUCAGCAGCAUGGCCAGCGGCCCAACUCGCGCAAUUCGCUUAACAGUCGCCUGAGCAGUUCGCACAACUCACUGAACGUGUCGUCGGCGAACAAGCCGGAUGAUUCGAUUUUCAUAACGCAGGCGAUGUCGCAUGAUGCGCUGUUUACGCGCGAAAUUUCCGAUUUCUACAACGUGCCCAUCGAUUCGGACAUCUAUGCCUUUCCCGUUGACAUGAUUGAGCAGCAGCUGGAGAAGCAACAGCUCGAACAGCAGCAGCUGGAGAAACAGCAGCAGCAGCAGCAGCAGCAACAGCAGCAGCAGCAGCAGCCGCAACAGCAGAAUGUGGCGUACCACAAGGCUUCGAGUAGACGCAACAAACGAAACAAGCGUAAACAACGCUAUGCGGCGGCAGCUGCAGCAGCGGCGGCGGCGGGGGCGACGACGGUGGUGGAGACCAGCGAUGACGGCGGCGACAAGACGGGCAAACAUGGCAAAUAUCGUACGCCGGUGGUGCAAAGUGGUGAAGCUGAGCCGCUGCAUAUGACGCUAGAUGAGGUGAAGCAGUUCUAUCAUACGCUCUACUCCGAUGCGGGCAAAUCCUCUUGGUGUGGUGCAAGUGCUGCCACCAACAACAAAAUGUUAGGCGCAGCAGCAGCUGGCGUUGGCAGUAAAGCGCUGGGCGUCAAGUCGAGCAACGAGACCAUUUGGAGCAUGUCUACGAACACCACCAACACGACAAAUACAACAACAACGACGGCGCGCACGCGUAGCAGUGCGGGCACCACACGGGCGAGUGGCGGUGCUGCCAACAGCGGGGGCGACACCGCCGCCAAAUAUCUGAGCAAACAGAACAAACACAACAUCGACAAUGAUAAGCUGAACAACAACAACAACAAUAACAACAAUAGCAGCAGCAACAAUUAUGCGCAGCAGCAACAGACGCAACAACAACCGUCGGCAGCUGCUGGCAGCACCACCCAGCUGACCAACUCAUCUGAGAAGCUGCUGUCGGAGCAACCCAACAACAACAAGCAUCUGCUGCACACGGAAAAGAAGUCGCAAUUCUCGCUGAAUCUGAAGCAGAAGUUCUGCAGCAUCUUUCGCUUUCGGCGCAGCAAUCACAGUCGCUGUCGCAGCGCCAAUGCAGCAGUAGCGGCGGCAACAGCAGCUUCAGUAGGUGCCACAACUGCCGCAGCUGCCGCUGUGAGUGCCACAGCAUCGGCGACCGAUGCCACCGAUACGGAUGAAGCUAACAAUCAGUGUCUCAAUCGCAGCGAGCCGAGUGCCGAUCUACGCAAAAAGUUUCAGUCGCGGGCAUUGCCGCCCUUGCCACGAAAAGCUUAUGCCAUUGAUGCCGCGGAAACGGAAUCGGAGGAGCAAAAGAAGAGCGCCGGAGCGCAAGAGCCGCGUGCACUUCAGUUUACCUCAAGCAUUGAGAAAGUCAAAGACUAUGGCUGGUACUGGGGUCCACUGUCCAGCGAGGCCGCCGAGAAGGUGCUUUCCAACGAGCCGGAUGGCUCGUUCAUAGUGCGCGACAGCUCCGAUGAUCAUUAUAUAUUCUCGUUGAGCUUCAAGCUAAACAACUGCGUGCGCCAUGUGCGCAUCGAGCAGGAUCAGGGCACAUUCUCGUUUGGCUCAUAUGCCAAGUUCAAAUCGCAAACUAUAACCGAGUUCAUUGAGAAGGCAGUCGAGCAUUCGCGCAGCGGCAGAUAUUUAUUCUUUCUGCAUCGUCGGCCGGAGCAUGGACCAAUGCGUGUGCAAUUAACCAAUCCAGUAUCUAGAUUUAAGCAUGUACAAAGCUUGCAGCAUAUGUGCAGAUUUGUUAUACUAAAGGCGGUUAUACGAAAGGAUCUAAUACAGACAUUGCCAUUACCAAGAAGACUUCUAGACUAUCUUAACUAUAAGCAUUGCUACUCCGAGCAGGUGGAGAGCGACAGUUCGCACUCGCAGAUAUCUGGCGAUGGCUCUAUGUAAAAUUAAGCGAGGCAAAUGGCGACAAAGAAUUUGAACGAAAGCGAAAGCAACAGAAAUUAUUACAUUAUAUAAGUAGUAGAAUUUAACAAACAAACAAACAAACAAAACAAUUAAUGAUAAAAUCAAGGCAAGAGCAAAGGCAUUUAAAAACACAAUCACACAAAAAGAACAGCAACAAAAACAAAAUAAUUGUUGAUAAAGGAUGCAAAGAAGAAGAUGAAGAAAUUCAAAACUCUGUUUAUUGAUCAUUUUUGUACUCGGUGCUAUACUAUAAAUAUUAACUAAUUAAUGACAAAGCAAAGGCGAAACAAAAUAAAACAAAAACAUAUAUUAAUUGAUAUGAUUAUGCGUAGUCAAGUAAAACAAGAACACAACACCAACAAUAAGAACAACAUCAAUAGUAAGAACAGCAAACAAAA